UCGAUCAAUCGGCAUUAAAAAUAUCUAUCUUCAGCGAAGCACUACCUAUUGCUGAUUUUUUUUUUAAAUUUCGUGUGACACUUUUUAAAAUUAGCGUUAUCAUUUAGUGUACUUUUUAUACGAAAAAACGGUAUACGGUUUUACGAUACGAAAAGUGCUUGGUCACGAAAUUGAUUGCAUUGUCAAUGUGACGAUAGGAAGACCACCAAUCAACUGAUAACCUAAUUACUGAAGUAUAUGCCAUUAAAAAGUUAGCUAGCUAACCUAAAAUAAACUAUUUGAUAAUAGUGAUAAAUAAAAUUCUAAACAAAAUAGUGUUUGUUGAAGAAAAUGGAUGUGAGUUCUGUUGCUAACAAUGCUACGUUAUCGCAAAAAAUUUGGAAUUUCAAAGGAAAAGUGGACUAUGUCGACGGGUGGUUUCUUAUGAGUACUCCCUUCCAAUUACUCUUCAUCACGUCCUUCUACUUGCUUUUUGUGCUCAAAGUGGGACCUGGUUACAUGAAAAAUCGAAGUGCGUUCAAACUUACAAACGUUCUUAUUCUAUACAACGCAAUACAAGUGCUGUACUCCCUGUACUUAAGUAUUGUUGGUACCACUAUUAUUUAUGCUAAUGGAUUAUUGUGCCCGUCAUGCCUUAUGGAAACAAAAGAGAGUCGCUAUUUGAUCACGUCAAGCACCUACUUAUACUUUUUUGCCAAAUUCACGGAGCUAAUGGACACUAUGUUUUUCGUCCUUCGAAAAAAGGAUAACCAGGUCACGUUUCUCCAUGUCUACCACCAUACUCUAAUGCUUUGGAGUACCUGGCUCACGCUCAAAUAUGAACCAUCGUACAGUUUAGUAUUCUUGGGCACCAUAAACUCUUUUGUUCAUGUGAUCAUGUAUGCUUACUAUGGGUUAUCAGCGUUUCCCGAAAUGGAGAAGUAUCUGUGGUGGAAGAAGUAUAUCACAAGGAUGCAAUUGACCCAAUUCGUGAUGAUUCUGGUACAUGCACUAGCAAACCUGAAGUACUCCGGUUGCCCGCCUUCCAACACUCUUAUGCUUACUAUAGUCCUAAAUGUAUUCUUAUUCUUAUACCUAUUUGGAAAAUUCUACGUUACUUGUUACAUUAAAUCAAAAGGAAAAGAAGCGAAGUGCAAAAAUAAUAACAAUGUACAACAUCAUGAAAAAUAUGCGAAAUUAAACUAAAUUUUAGUGCCUCGUACCGAUAUAAUUUUACGAAUAUUUGCUGUUACCUAUUAAAAAAACUUCAAGUGUU